AUGUUAUCGUACGUGGUUUGCAGCCUGGUUCUGGCGCUCGUGGCACUCCCAGGAGCGGCACUUGGUGAGAUGGUCUUCCGCUGCCCAAGCUGCACCGCCGAGCGUCAGGCGGCAUGUCCGGAGCUCACGGAGACUUGCGUAGAGAUUGUGCGGGAGCCUGGAUGCGGUUGCUGUCCGGUGUGCGCCCGCCAGGAAGACGAGUUUUGCGGCGUGUACACCCCGAGAUGUGCUAGCGGCUUCCGCUGUUACCCUCAGCCAGAUUCUGAAUUGCCUCUGGAGCAGCUCGUGAAAGGGCACGGACGUUGUGGACGCAAAGUGGACACGGAGCCUACGGUGGAACAUCGAGAACAAAGCGAGGUGCUGGACCCCUUCGACUUGGGGCUGACGGAGGUUCCCCCGGUCAGCAAGGCCACCAAAGACAACUCGUGGGUGGGCCCCAAAGAGGAGGCCAUCAGGAUCUACCGGAUCAACCAGAAGACCAAGAUGAAGUACAACAAAGUGGAGGAGCACAAGGCGCCACGCUCUAAACUGACCCAGUGUCAAACGAAACUGGACCAGGUCCUGGAACGCAUCUCAAAGAUGCCCUUCAGGGACAACCGGGGUCCUCUGGAGGACCUCUAUGCCCUGCACAUUCCCAACUGUGACAAAGUGGGACAGUACAACCACAAACAGUGCAAGAUGUCUGUGAAUGGACAGAGAGGCGAGUGCUGGUGUGUUAACCCUCACACUGGACUUGCAAUCCCAGAAUCCCCAGUGGUCAGAGGCGACCCCAACUGCAGCCAGUACCUAGGAGGACAAGAGAUUAACCCCCCGACUGCACCCUUGAAUUAACCCCCGAUUGCGCAUUCUGUGCCCUGUACCCCCCCAUCCCUCUCCCUCCCCUUACAGCCAACUGGAGGGCACAGCCAGGCCCAGUAGAGGCAGUGUGUCAACAUGGACGGAGGGCUGCAACUAGCGAUUAUUGUCCCGGUCGAUUCAUCUGUUGUUUAUUUUCUCAAUUAUGGUGCAAAAAAAAAAAAAAAGAAAAGUCAAUCAGUGUUUCGCAAAGCUCAAGAUAAUGUCCUCAAACGCCUUGUUUUGUCCACACGCCAAAGAUAUUCAGUUUACUGUCAUAGAGCGCGAGUACACCAGAAAAUAAUUUGAAGUUUACGAGGAUGGAAUCAGAGAAUUUUGAUUUUUUUCCACCCAAAAAUUACUCAAACUGAUUUAAAGGAUUACCAAAAUAGUUGGCGAAAACUUUAAAGGGACACCAGGCAAGCCUGAUGCUUUUUCUCUACGAAACUCCCCCUCGCUCGGUCUGAAGCUCUUUUCCUUUCCUUUGCGUCUUCAGUCAAAGGUUUUCGCUGCACUUCUUCGCCGGCUCGGCCAUUAUACACACGUUUGCAACAAUCUCUAGCGUUUCGUUAGCCUGCCUCUGUGCUGUAAACUGAUCCUGCUUCGGUCGGCGGGUAGGAUACACCGAACUUGCAAGUGGGAUAUUC